CAAAAUAUUGCUCAGCAUCAAUUUAGAUAGUACUAUGUGGCUUUGCUUUCUUUGGAAACGACGGGCGCGGGUCAAUGCAAUAAAUUGCGUACAAAUUUUUACGAGCGAUCAUAAUUGCAGAAAAUUAUGCUGCAGCUGUGCAAUCAAUAUCAAAAUCAUAACUUGAAAUUAUCUUGCUUUUCACCAAAACGAAAUUCUUUCUUUUGCAUGGAUUUUUUGAUCGUUCUUCUUACUUUUAGACGUAAAAAAUGUUUAGCUGGUUCAAGAGAGAUUUAAUGUUAACCCGUGUCGUCUUCCUGCGCUUCAGUUUCAGAAUUCUACACUCGUGCAUGAUUUUUUUUGUCCGCCCAAAAAACUCUCACCAGGCCCGCGACCACACAGGACUAUCUCCCACCCUUCCUGUGUGCACUUGUACCUGUUUUGAAAGCAACUGGAAGCACAGCGAACGCAUAUGAGAAGCAAUAAAAAUUGACACUGAUAUGAUAGUAGUGCUAGCAAGUCGACAGUGAAGAACAAGUACAAGUAGAACUAGAAGACAGCGGGAAUUAAGUAAUGCGAAGAGUACUUAGUAGUCCGAGCUUGCAGAUGAAUUAUAACAAGUAAGAAGGUACUUUUUGAUAUCUCCUUCUCACCAAGAUGGACGCGCAACGGGCUCUGCUUGAUAGUUUGAUGGGGGCGUCUCGUAACGACGCCAAAGCCUCGAAGGAACACUACACAGACCGGAAUGUGUGCAAAUUUUGGUUGAUCGAUUUCUGCCCGCACGAGUGCUUUCACACCAGCGUGACCGGUAAGGCAGCGGUGAACAGCCCUCUGGGCGAGUGUCCCAAGCAGCACAGCAUGCAUCUGAAAACCCAGUUUCAGGAGGACACAAAAGACGGAGAAAAGAACCGACGAGAGUACGAGAAGGAUCUUCUAAAAUACCUGGAUCGCAUGGUAUCCGAGUGCGAUGCGAAAGUGCAGCGCGAAAGGCGGCACUUGGAGAGCAAGGGCUCCCUCACCAAAAUUCGGCGCCAUGCGGGGCUCACACCCAUGAACCAGGAGCAGCUUGUGGAACACAAAAUUAUCCAGCUAAAGCAGACCAUCCAGGAGAAAAUAAAAGCGGCAGAGUUGCUCGCGGAGGAUGGUAAAUUGAAAGAGUCUCAAGAAAUUAUGGCGGAGGUACGAUUCACUUACUUUGACUUUCCUGUUGUAGCUGCGAUGUUGGUGUUGGAAGAACAAGGAUUAAUAGAUUUUGGCGACGCGGCGUAUCGCAUAGUCGUCAAUGAUGAAGAAAGUUUUCAGUAACAAACCUCGACACGUCGCAUCGCGCCUUCUCGACGCACAGGUCGCUGCUACCUUUAUUCCACUUCCUGCAAAUCAACGUUCUCAUUACUGUACAAACGAAAUAGGACGAUCAUGGCGAUGCGCCCCGCGGCUAGAUUGAGCUUUGAGCAACAGCUUGCUACACCUUCCAGGGCCACAAGCAACAUCGACACUCAACUGGAGAGAUCGGUGUUAAACAUUACUAGUUGGCAUGCAUGUUGUUGUGCUGUUUGAAAUAUUGCGCUUUUGAACAUCGAGCGAACUCAUAAUUUCAUGGAUGCUGCACUGAUGAAGAACGCUUCAUCGAUCCAAAUGAUGUAUCCACAGCCCCGAUGGCCCGGCACGUCUGCUCGACUUUCGAUCCUUACUGGCGGAGGAAGCGAAGUCCAAAAAGAACAACGCAUGCGUAUCUUCAUGCGUACCUACACGCGGAAAAAUGUGAAAUUAUAGGCCGCGAACGGAUAGAGCAGGGCAAGUUUUCUAGUCCUGCUCUCCGAACGAGCAAGGAAGCUAAAACCGAUUUGAUCGAAGUAGAACUACCACUUUCCACGCACUCACAGGUGGAGUCUUUGAAAGCGACUAUGGUCCAGCAAGGCGCAGCGGCGAAGCCCGCCAGCCUCGGCGUCGAGGGACUGGAUGACACGUUUCAAGAGGACGUGUGCGACGUCUGCGGCCUGACCAUUGACUGGCGCUGUGCAAUGGAAAUCGAAAACCGCCGGAAAGGUAGUUACUAUACUGUGGUUGUAGCGUUGCUGCAUGUAGUAGUUGUAGAAGUUCGCGUUCCUCGAUAAACCUCCGCCCGGUAAUUGUACCAGCGCGCAUUCAGAGCCAGCUGUAUCUUGUAGGAGAAGAAGUGUCUGAUUUUGUCGCGUGGUAGCCACGAAGAUGCUUGCAGAAAAACCUACAAGAACAACCGACUAUAGAAAAUGACGUACCUGCGACUUCAUCUUAACACAGGUAUUCCACACCCACACACCUCCGGGACGUACCACCAAGGCUACGCUAUGAUGCGCAAGAAGCUUUUGGAAUUGAAGGAGAAGUACGGAGAACCGGACCGGGACGAAAUGGUGUUCAAGACGAACGGUCGGGAUCGGGAGCGCGAACGCGACCGGCGGGGUGACCGCCGACGGGACCAGUCCCGCACCCGAGAUCGCAGGGAACGCUCGCGCGACCGCGGGGGGAGGAACUAUUCCGCCCGGGACGAGCGAGGGGGCGGAAGAGGGGACAGACGAGGUGGAUACCGCGAUCGGUAUUGAUGACGGUGUUGUAUCAUUUUCAUCUUCUCCAGCUGCACAAGUGCUGCUCAGCUCCUGCUUUUUUGCUGCUGCUCCAAAAAGCAGAGAGAACUUCACGAGAGCUGAAGGAAAAGAUGCUCCCCAACGACUGGAAGUGCUGGCAUUUUGUGAUGUAGACCCACCAAAGGCAAUGCGACACAACGAACAAUCAAUAACCAAAGAUAGAAAAAAAGUAAAGCUAAAGCAAGGAAAUCUUGUUUGGAAUUUGCAGGGGCUGGUC